AUGGCGAGGCGGCGACGGGGCGCGGGGCCCCUCUGGGCGCUGGGGCUCUGCCUCGCGAGGGUCGCCGGGCAGCUGGUGGAGCCCAGCACGGCCCCGCCCAAGCCCAAGCCGCCCCCGCUGACCAAGGAGACGGUGGUGUUCUGGGACAUGCGCCUCUGGCACGUGGUGGGCAUCUUCUCACUCUUCGUGUUGUCCAUCAUCAUCACUCUGUGCUGCAUCUUCAACUGCCGCGUGCCCCGGACCCGGAAGGAGAUUGAAGCCCGCUACUUGCAGCGGAAGGCCGCCAAGAUGUACACGGACAAACUGGAGACGGUGCCCCCCCUCAACGAGCUCACGGAGAUCCCCGGAGAGGAUAAGAAGAAGAAGAAGAAGAAGGACAGUGUGGACACCGUGGCCAUCAAGGUAGAGGAGGAUGAGAAGAAUGAAGCCAAGAAGAAGAAAGGGGAGAAAUGA